UCUCUCUUCAUGUUGCGUAUUACGCCCCUUGUUGAUAAAAAAACGACAGUAAUCAGCUUAGAAAUUAUAACCUUUAUUUUUAUAGAUAAGGUAAUUAGCAGCCAGGACGCUUUAUUUAAAAGCUUUUUGUAACUGGCUGAAACCAUGCAAAAGUAUGAGAAGCUGGAGAAGAUAGGAGAGGGUACAUAUGGGACUGUUUUCAAGGCUAAAAACAGGGAGACGCAUGAGAUUGUGGCCCUCAAAAGAGUGAGAUUGGAUGAUGAUGAUGAGGGGGUACCAAGUUCAGCAUUACGAGAAAUUUGCCUCCUGAAAGAACUGAAGCAUAAAAACAUUGUUAGGUUGCAUGAUGUCCUUCACAGUGAUAAGAAGCUAACAUUAGUUUUUGAGUACUGUGAUCAGGAUUUGAAGAAAUACUUCGACAGCUGCAAUGGUGAUUUAGAUCCAGAGAUUGUUAAGUCCUUCAUGUACCAGUUAUUGAAGGGACUUGCCUUCUGCCACAGUCGAAAUGUUCUCCACCGGGACCUUAAACCACAAAAUCUGCUAAUUAACAGAAACGGUGAACUGAAGCUAGCUGACUUUGGCUUGGCCAGAGCUUUUGGGAUUCCUGUAAGAUGUUAUUCUGCUGAGGUGGUGACAUUGUGGUACAGGCCUCCAGAUGUGCUGUUUGGUGCUAAACUAUAUUCUACCUCAAUUGACAUGUGGUCCGCAGGGUGUAUAUUUGCAGAACUGGCAAAUGCAGGACGGCCGUUAUUUCCUGGUAAUGAUGUGGACGACCAGUUAAAGAGGAUCUUUAGAUUGCUUGGGACACCAACAGAAGAACAGUGGCAGACUAUGAACAAACUUCCAGAUUAUAAGCCUUAUCCAAUGUACCCGGCUACUACAUCACUUGUGAAUGUUGUCCCGAAACUCAGUAGCACUGGCAGAGACCUACUACAGAAUCUUCUGAAAUGCAAUCCAGUACAGCGCAUUUCAGCAGAGGAAGCCCUACAGCACCCUUACUUUGCUGAUUUCUGCCCACCCUAAAUUUCAGAUCCACCAAGCAUCAUUUAGAAAUAUAAUGGGCCAGUCUUACCUCGUGCAACCCCUUAAAUUCCUCCAGCUUGGAGACCAUUUCCAUUAGUAAAUUUGUGUCAUUCACAUGCAGUGAUUUGUGAUUGUAUAGUGACACAUUCUAAUGCAGCGUGUGGUGCUAUAGCAAUACAUAAAACAUGUGUUUAGAGUCGGCCAAAAAAUACAUUUUUACUUUUACAUUUAUGGGGUACUUUGGAAGAUCAUGAUCAUCACCUUUAGUCACCCAAGUUUCAUAUAUCCUGGCCCUGCACAAUUAAUUUAGUUGAUUGCCAAAUGUGUUUCAUAGGUCUUUAAUGGUUUACAAAAUGCUGCCAUGAAGACUUAAAGGCAGUAUGUUUUUGUCAAAGAUCAAAUGAACAAUAUAAUUUAAUAAGGUACAGAGCACAAAGUACUUGAUUUAGCUUUUGUUAAAUAUAUAGUAUUUAAAAAGUUACUUUUCCGUUAAGGUGUUUUUUGCGUUAUACGUGCUGUAAGACUAAGGACAAAUGUGUUAUUAUUUUGUGCUUGUUGUGCAGCUGUCCUUCUGCCAUUUUCUAUGAAUGAGAUUUUAGCAUUUGAGUAAUUUUUAACAAUUGUAUUAGUGUUUUUUCAAAUAAUUAUAGUGAAUCAAACAGUGUAGCAUUUGUUUUUCUUCAUAUUAAUAUUCUUAAACCUCUAUGCGGGGUGUUAAAAGGACUUGUUUUGCAUAGUGGACCACAAGAAUUGCCUUUAACCAUCAGAGCAGUAGCUGGUUCUAAAAGAACACAAGUAAUAGAACGUUCUUGUAAGUCCUCAUUAGAAACGUUCAAAUUCCAUUGAGGUUGUAUGCAAAUGCAUGCCGGUAUAGUCAUUACAAUUUAGUGUGAUGCACAAGCGAACAUCCUUAUAGAAUAGUCAGGCCAUUGGAUAGUUUACGAUGUUACAUAUUAGAUCAAAUUAAAUAUGCAAACAUUUUCUGUAUUUCCCCUUUUUAAAGCUUUGCUUUUUUUCAUCAGCUUCAGUAGAUAAAUGUUUUUAGAGAACAUUAUCCAUAUCAUCUCACAUGCCUUUCAUAGUGAUUGUAUUCAUUAUUGAUUUAAAAAAGUACUCCAUUUUCAGAAAACUGUUUGGAUUGCAUUUGAGGCAGUAAGUGGUUGCAUUUUUCUUACAUUUCUUCGCUGUUUGAAAAUACUUUUAUUUAUUCAUAUAUAUAUAUACAUAUCUGAGUAAUCAAUAGAGGUUGACUUGAAGGCAAGGGACCAUUCCAGUCAAAUUUGUAAAAAUUUGUCACAAUAAAUCUAACAUUGUUUAAAUACUAGUUUUUUAUGUUAAAUAUAUAUGAUUUGUUACAGAGAUAAAUGGUAAACCGUUAAAUCAGUGCAUGAAGGAUAUUCAAAUUAGCAACAGGUUGUAAGUUAAAUGUGAAAAUAAAGAAUAUGGUCCUUCGAUCUUUGAAAGCAACCAAGAAACUCGGUUUGCAACUCUAAAUCAAAGCAUCACUGAUCUACUUCAUGGCAUAUUUUAUGAUCUGCAAACAAUGUGUAAAAUUGGUUAAAAGAACUUGAUUGUGCACCAGUCAGUGAUGGGCACAAAAAUAUGAAAAUGUAUUUAAAAUACAAAAUACCUCAGUUUAGAUGUAUCAAAAUAAAAUACCAAAUACUGUGUGGAACCAAAUGUAUCAAAACAUAAUACAAGAUUUUGUAUCUUGAAAAUAAACAAAAUACAUGUAAAAUUGUCCAUUCGAUGUAGUAUCACUAUUAGGCUGAAAUCUAUCUGGACCUGUUCUGAAUGCAAAAACAUCUUGAUGUACAACUGAUUAGAAACUUGUUUUCAUUUCAACUACCUCUUCAAUCAAUUAAAGACAAUUAUAUAUAAACAGGUACAUGAUUACAAACUUACAUAGUGCAAAAUGCCAAACAGCAGCCAUUUCUACACGUAUUUCUGUCCAGGUUACACUGCAGCCUGCUAUUACUUGUGGUGAACCCUAUUAAAUAAAUCAUGAGUAAUACUUUAAACACUAGCUAGUAAAUACACUAGCAGUUGCUAACACCAACAACCAAUUAGCUAGCAAGACUGACUAGCUAGCACUAAUUUCCAGUGCUAGUGCUAACACUAAUUUCUCUCUCUUAUUCCUUCAUGUUAACUGAAGGCAAAUCUGAAUGAUGUUCCAUUGUAUCUUGCUCCAGCUAGUCUAG